AUGACUCGUGCAUCGUCCUUCGUCUGUGUCACCUGCGGUGUCAACACCCUCGCCGACCCCUCUGGCAAGCCCCAAGAAUCCUGCAUCAUCUGCGACGAUCCUCGCCAGUACGUCCGUCAAGGCGGCCAGGAAUGGACCACUCUCGAGGAACUCAAGUCCAGCGGAAAAUACACCAACGUCUUUACUCCUACAACGGCCGACCCUGAACAUUUGAUCUCUAUCUCGACCACACCUUCUUAUGCGAUCGGCCAGCGCGGGAUCCUCGUCAAGACUCCCAAGGGUAACAUUCUCUGGGACUGUAUCACGCUUAUUGACGACGAAACAGUCCGCAAGAUCAAGGAGGACCAUGGAGGGCUCAAGGCGAUUGUCAUCUCCCACCCACAUUACUACUCGUCUCUCAAGGACUGGAGUGAGGCGUUUGGAGGGAUCCCUAUCUACACCCAUGCCAACGACAAGCAGUGGCUCCAGCGUCCUGCCGACAACCACAUCUUCUGGGAGGGUACCUCUCUCGACCUCCUCGACGGAGAGGUCAAGGUGUUGUGCCCCGGUGGACAUUUUGACGGAUCGAGUCUGCUCCUCUGGAACAAGAAUCUCCUGGUCGCCGAUACGAUGAUGAUUGCCGCCUCGCGCAAGUCCGUCUCGUUCAUGUACAGCUUCCCCAACUACUGGCCUCUGGGACCUAAUGAGGUCCAGACCAUCUGGAAGACUGUUCGCCCUCAUGAAGUCAACAACAUUCUGGGCGCAUGGAUUGGCAAGGAGAUUGUUGGAAAUGGACGCAACAUCAUCUUCAAUAGUGCUAGGUCGUACACCCAGUAUAGUGGACAUGACUCUGACAAGUUCUAUGGUCCUGAGUCUGAUGAGCUCUCCUUCAAGAACUAG